GGGAUUUACUAGUAUUAUACGUAACAAUAGUAUUGUCGAUUAUUGUUUUAACAGUAGGAAUGGAUUGUAACAAUCUUAAGCGUGGUAAGAUCGACUUUUUGAGGGGUCCUCGUGACGUUUUUGUAAGAGAUCAAUCGACACAGUGCACUUCUACUCGUAAGACGUGUGAUGAGGGGAUGAAUCGUAGAAUGCUGUCGUGGGUAAAGCGUGAAUCGUAUCAUCCGGCUCUACCCAAAUUUAACAGUUAUUGUAUGGAUACAAUGAGGGGCAAGCUCGCUGAUGAGCAUUGUCGCGCAUCUACCCACUUGGAUAAAACUGAUUUUAUUCCGUUUAACAAGUGGAAACCCAUGCCCGAAAUUAAAACCGAUACGUGGAAACGAGAAAAUAGGAAAUAUGGCGCCGAAAAAUUCGUCAAAACUUCCGAAAAUGAAAGGUAACAAUAUGGAAAUGAAACCGAUGAAUAUAGUAAUAUUUAGUCGUGUCGAUGUUGCCAU